AUCAUGAAGUUCAUAAUCAUUUCUAUUCUCUUGCUUCUAUCUUCUGUUCCUUAUCCUCAAGCUGUGGAUAUCCCACAAGAAUUCUGUGUCCCACCAAGAAUCUCAUGGCUAGAGAGUUCUAAUGAGGAAGAGAGAGAACUAGAGGAUCAAGACUCUGCGGACCUAUCAAUAUUCUCUACCGAAUCAACACAACCAUUUUCCUUCUCGACCACACCACAAGAAGAGGAGGAAUCUAAACACCGCUAUGGGUCCUUUGCUCCAGUACAUGAAGAAGCUGUUGUGAAAUGGUUUGUAGAUGGUAAGGAUCACAUGUCAGCUAUUGCUGAUGCUAUAGAGAGUGCAUCCAAAGAGAUCCUCAUCAUAGAUCAUAUACUCAAUCCUCAUAUAUUCAUGAAGAGAUCAGAUAAUGGAGUGGACAACAACUACUGGAGGCUGGAUCAAAUGCUGUUAAGGAAGGCAGAGGCUGGUGUCAAGAUAUACAUACUCCUGUUUCAAGAUGCUGAUUAUCCUUUGAUUCGCUUUAAUCUAGGAGUAAAAGAAACUAUAGCAACACUCAAACAUGAGAACAUUCAUAUCUAUUCUAAUAGGCAUGUUAGUACAGACAUUGGCCAGCUAGGUUUUUGGACUAAUCACGAGAAAGUGCUAGUAGCUGAUCGAUCCAUAGCAUUUGUGAGUGGGAUAGACCUCUGCUUUGGACGUUGGGACACACACAGUCAUCCAUUGACUGAUAAUUAUCCACUGCACCCGUCCAUAGACACUGAAGAAUCUACUACAUCUGGUGAUAAUGGACAGCAAUAUAGAAGAUGGAUUGGGAAAGAUUAUCGUAAUUCCUUCAUAAAAGACAUCACUGAUUACUCCGACCCGUUGAAAGACCAUCUUGACAGAGAGAAAGAUCACAGACUACCAUAUCAUGACGUAUCGGUGACAUUUACUGGUCCAGCAGUUCAAGAUGCUGUAACACAUUUUAUUCAGCGAUACAACUUACUUCAAGAAGGACUCUUAAAAUUCUUUUUCAACCCUAUAAAGCUAUCACCUGGAGAUAUAGGAGGACCUUAUCAUACAAUAUCUGAUCCAACUGCUACUGGGGUUAAAGUACAACUGGUUCGAUCAGUGGCUGAGUGGGUAACAGGUCAACCACUGGAACACUCCAUUCAUGAUGCUUAUUGCUUACUCAUUUCCUCUGCUAAGCAUUUUAUUUAUAUUGAGAACCAGUUCUUCAUAUCGUCACAGCCUCCUGACAUAGAGAAUACUAUAAUGGAGAAGCUAGCUGAGAGAAUCAUUAGAGCUCACGAUAACAACGAGAGCUUUCACGUUAUUGUCGUGAUGCCAUUAAAACCAGAUUUUUCAGGUAACUGGGAAGAUAAUGAUCACUUGAGAGGAGUCAGUUACCGGAUUUAUUCCACAGUCCAGACUGGUGAGAACUCUCUGUACAACCGACUGAUGGAUAGCGGAAUACCUGAAGAAAAAAUACCUCAAUAUUUCUCAAUAUACGGGCUACGUAAAUACGACCGACUGGGAGAUCAGGUGGUUACUGAAAUUAUAUAUGUCCACAGUAAGAUAAUGAUAGUUGAUGAUAGAGUGAGUGUAAUAGGAUCAGCUAAUAUCAAUGACAGGAGUAUGCUGGGUGACAGAGACUCAGAAAUGUGUCUGAUCAUUGAAGACACUCAAAUGGAGCCAGGGACUAUGAACGGAGAGGAGUUUGAGGUCGGAAAGUUCUCUCAUAGUCUUCGUUGUCAUCUUUUCCGUGAGCACCUCACCCUCCUUGAUGAUGAGAAAUAUUCUGCUUCUGAUAUUAAAGUUGAAGACCCUGUCUUGCCAUCUUUCUUUACAAAGUUGCAAAAAAUAGCCUCGGCAAACACUAAAAUUUAUGAGGAAGUUUUUGGAGGGAAAGUGGAGCAGAAGAAUGACAUUCAUACACUUGAUGAUCUUAAAAAAUGGCGAAAGGUUCCUGGACUGAUAGAAGCGGAUAGAGCAGCUGCUGAAAAAAAAUUAAAAGAUAUUGUUGGAAGCUUCGUUACUUAUCCUGCACUGUUCUUAAAGAGCAACUUAAAAAUAUCGUUAUUUGAUAAAUUUUUUCAUUUGACUGUGGGGAUAACUAAUCCAGAUUCAGAAUAUAACACUUUUGCUUGAGACUUUACUAAUUUAGACAUACAAUGUACAUGUACAUACAUAGCUACAUUAGUAUUUUAGGAUUUUUUAG